GGGCGGGCACCGGCGCCGAGCCCAGGAGCGCUGCCCGGGUGGGCGCUUUGGCAUUUGUCUCGGGCGCUUUGGCGGGCAGCGCAUAGCAGCGCCCCGAGCCGGAGUCGCCGAGGAGCCGAGCAGGGCCCGGGCGCGCCCCUCUCCCCCUGAAUGACGGGCGGCAGGUUCGACUUCGACGAUGGCGGCACCUACUGCGGCGGCUGGGAGGACGGCAAAGCCCACGGGCACGGCAUCUGCACGGGGCCCAAGGGGCAGGGCGAGUACGCGGGCUCGUGGGCGCACGGCUUCGAGGUGGUGGGUUCCUACACCUGGCCCAGCGGCAACACCUACCACGGCUACUGGGCGCAGGGCAAGCGCCACGGGCUGGGCGUGGAGACGAAGGGCAAAUGGAUCUACCGCGGCGAGUGGUCGCACGGCUUCAAGGGCCGCUACGGCGUGCGCCAGAGCCUCACCAACCCUGCCCGCUACGAGGGCACCUGGAGCAACGGGCUGCAGGACGGCUACGGCGUGGAGACCUAUGGGGACGGAGGUACUUACCAGGGACAGUGGACAGGAGGGAUGAGACACGGUUACGGUAUGCGACAGAGUGUUCCUUACGGCAUGGCAACUGUGAUCCGGUCACCCCUCCGGACAUCUCUGGCUUCUCUCCGUAGUGAGCAGAGCAAUGGCACUGUUUUACAUGAUAUUACCUCGGACAGUCCAGCUGGUACAAGAGGAGGGUUUGUCUUGAAUUUUCACAGCGAUACCGAAAGUAUGGGUGGUAAGAAAAAAGGAGGUUUGUUCAGAAGAGGAUCCCUUCUUGGUAGUAUAAAACUUAGAAAAUCAGAAUCAAAAUCGUCCAUUUCUAGCAAACGUAGCUCUGUCAGGAGUGAUGCUGCUAUGAGCAGAAUUAGUUCUAGUGAUGCCAAUUCUACCAUUAGUUUUGGAGAUGGGGACUGUGAUUACUGCCCAGUGGAAGACCAUGUUGAUGCUACCACAACUGAAACAUACAUGGGAGAGUGGAAGAAUGACAAACGUAAUGGCUUUGGUAUUAGUGAGCGCUCGAAUGGUAUGAAGUAUGAAGGCGAGUGGCUAAAUAAUAAGAGACAUGGAUAUGGAUGUACCUUGUUCCCAGAUGGCACCAAGGAAGAGGGAAAGUAUAAAAACAACAUUUUGGUACGUGGAAUAAGGAAGCAGCUAAUACCAAUAAGGAACACAAAAACUAAAGAGAAAGUGGAGCAAGCGAUAGAAGGCGCCCAGCGUGCGGCAGCCAUGGCAAGAACCAAAGUGGAUAUUGCAACCUCAAGAACUGCACAUGCAAGAGCUAAAGCCGAUGCUGCUGAUCAGGCUGGCCAGUCUGCCCGUCAAGAGUGUGACGUUGCCAGAGCAGUCGCCAGAGAACUUUCCCCAACUUUUUACCAACCAGGCCCUGAUUAUGUAAAGCAAAAAUUUCAGGAGAGUAUGGGAGUUAAGGAAAAUCCUGAAGAAAAAGCUCCAGAAAAACCACCCUCACCCAAAGAGUCUCCUCAUUUUUAUCGAAAAGGAACUACUCCUCCUGGGUCCCCAGAAGAGAGCCCGAGGCAGAGUCCUCAACACUCUCCUGAGCCUUCUCCUGCAAAACAAGUCAAAAAGCAGAAUUCCACCUCACAAAGACUCAUUCAAGAAAAAAAGAAUAUCACUGAAAAUACAAUUCCUGUAGCUAACAAGCCCCUUCCUUUGAAAUCACCCGUGAAAGAAGAAAUAUUGGUUAAACAACAGCCAAAGCUCUCACCUCACAGAAAUCCUACCAGCACAGAUAAAGGGGAGUUGCAUGAUCAUUAUCAUGGCUACUAUGUGAAAACGAAUCCAACAUUGUAUCCAUAUGAGCUUGGGGAAGAUGAAAGCCAUGCCAACCCAUCCUCCUCGGCACUUGCACUAGUAGCAUCAGCUCCGAAGCCAAGCCCUGGGCUUCAGUUAGAUGCCAAAGAAUCAAUAAAGAAACCUGAAUUCACUGCACCAAAGAAUCCAGCUAAUAACAACUUCCAUUCUUCAGUGGAACGAGAAAUCAAUUCGGGUCCUAAUUCAAUCAUGAUUGUCCUGGUAAUGCUGUUGAAUGUUGGUUUAGCCAUUCUUUUUGUCCAUUUUCUAACUUGAUUGGAAUUGAAAAAGUGAAGUCUUGACAACUAGUGGCGUAAACCCACAGGUCUCAGCAGUUGUGUCAUCAGCCUUUAAAUGGCACGAGUCAUGUUCAGACACGGGGAAAGGAGUCUUGGAAUUAGGAUGGGACACGAGAGAGAUGAAACUUGGAAAACAGCAGGGCCCCGCACAGUUCCUCUGCUGAGGAUAUGUGGCUUUGGGGUCUUCUGAAACCUGAAGCAAGCAGCCACGAUGGGGGAAAAAACACGCGGAUGCACAAACAAGCUUGUUGAAGCAGCCCAACCAGUGAAGUGCGUUGGUUACUCCAUCUCUUCUAACAGAGAGUGUGACUAAACUGGAAAUGUACGGAGCUGCACUUUUGUUGAUGGAAGCAAACAGCUGCCUUACUAUUUUGUCGUCUGAUGGUUUUGGUGGAGGAGACGGGAAAGCGACUGCCAGAGGAAUGUGGUCAGAGGAUUCUGUUGCUGUGGAAGUGAUUCCAGUGUUCACUCCUAUCUCAUUAGAAGAAAUAGUUAGCAGCAUCACUCACCAGUCUUAUUCCAUUACCUGCUGCUUUUAAGAUCUCCUUUUAGUUUUCUAGGAGAUUGCGUUUCAUUUGCUUAUGCAUGAAUCUGUUCAUUUACUAUUUAUUUAAAUCCUAUGUACAGCCAUUAUAUUGUCAUGUAGACCUGCCUGGAAACUUGACUAGUUUUCACUCUGUAUCAGAAACUCAAAAAUAAAGCCUGUAGCAUAGGUGCAGUAUAGAUUUUUUUUUCUUGGAAGGAUCAAUUCUUCAGAACAUUUUUUUCCUAAGCCGGUAUAGUCAUUUUACAUAAAGGUUUAGUAGGCAAUAUGCAACUAUGUUUGAAGCCAUUGUUUAUUAUCUUCCUUGUGAUAGUAGCAAGCAGAAUUAUUUAAAAUGCUGCAAGAUUCAUCAGGUUGUAUGAGCAUACUUGGAAAGUGAGGUAGAAAUAGUCUAAGAAGCCUUGUGUCAUUAUUGGUUUGGGUGUUAUUUCAAUAAUGAAAAAUUACUAGUAUUUUGAAGUCUUGCCUGAGUGUUCAAUGAAAGCUGUUCAUUAAUACUUAGAAUAAAUAAUUUUUUAAAAAAAAGAAAAUGUCAGACUUUUUGUUGGAUACAUUCAGGUAGAGCAUUUAAGUCUGUUAAUAAUGACUGAUUAUCAGUCUGAUGCCUUUAAUGUUGUUAAAAAUGAGUCUGUAAUCUUACCUCAGCCAAUUAAAACUUAAGCCUCAACUUUUCAUUUUGGACUAUUUGUCUUAAUUAGAAUUGUUGUCAUGUGUGUUGAUAAUGUGAUCUGUAUUUUUGCCCCUUGUACUUACUGUAUCCCCCAUAACUCAAAAGCAUGCUUGUUUAUGUAUAGGAAAACUGUACAUGGUGUGGUCACUUUGAAAGUCAGCAUCUUAAAAUUUAGAAGCAAAGGGUUUAAAAAGGGCUUGGAUUUUGAUUUGUUUUAUUUCUUAGGGGGGAAAAAACCAUUUCAGGGGUUUAUCCUGUUUGUACAUUAUUAUUGUUACGGUUGUUUGCAUGGUUUAUUGUGGAGAGAGAUAGGUAGCUUCAUUAGCUAUUGUAAAGAGCAGCCCAACGAAGGAAAUGGGCAUGGAUUGGCUCCUGCAGUCUAUGCCAGGCACAUGAUGGUGGGAUUUUUUUUGCAGAAGUAUGUUAAGAAUAUUGGGAUUUGACCAGUGUAGAACUGAGAAGAAAGCAAAAAAGACAGCAUAUGAACAUUUUAACAACUUUCCUAUGUAUUUUUAAAUCACGUUUUGCUGUUAAAUCUAUAAAUUCUUAACUGAGAAUCAAAUUUUAUGUUGUAAUAUGACAAGAUGUCAUAAACACUAUUAUCUACAAUUUACCCCACUUACUCCUUAAACUAAUUUUAUAACUGACAUUUAAAUAUUACAUGUUUAUUUAAAUUAUUUAAAUAUGGCUUUUGAAAACAUUUAUAAAUUUAAGUGAGAAUGUUAGUUCUAUUUAUGUAUGAUUUAUAAUAUUUUUUAAAAACAAAGGCUCCAAUCAAAAAUUGUUGGUAUUUUUCUAAAAUGUGCACAACUGUAUUUUGCAUAAAAAGCUAUUUAUAGCUGUUAUACUGUACACUAUAUUUUGGAUAGCUGAUAAGUCAGCCAGUGUAUUUAAUGAUAUGUCACUUUGUCUAUUUAAAAUUUCUUGAUGUGAAUGAACUCUUUAUCUAAUGAGCUUCUUUAUUUAUAAUUCUGGAACCCAAAAUAGAUAAUGUACAGUUUUCAUAACUGUAUUUGAGCUAAUAAAAAGUAAUUGGUUACUAACGUG